CUAUAUUUACAACUUGCAUUUAUAUCAGCACUAAUACAUGUAACAUAACAUCAUCAAUGUUUGAUAUCUAGAAAAUCUAUAUCGUGUUAGUUUUAUUCUUUAAUUUAAUCGGGCGUGGUAUACUGUAUAAAUACAUUAGCAAUGGUCAUUGCGGUAAUUCCUAGCACCGGUCGAGGCUCAAUAUUGUAAAGUCUGUAACUUGAGUAUAAUUAUGUGAAGCAUGGCUGUAAAUGCUUUUAUGGAUCGUGGAGUGUGGAACAUCAGGUCAUCAUGUCAAAGCCACAGUGCUUCCUGUUUGGAAAGCGAUGGACUCCGUUUCAGCUCUGUCUUAUCUUUCUUAUAUUCCUAGUCUUGUUUAAUGAGUAUUUCAUCUAUGUCUUUCAAACCAUGAGAUGGCCAAACUUACCAGAUGUAAACAGGGAAGAUGGCUCAUCCAUGGUUCUUUUAUUGGUAGCUGACCCACAGAUACAGGGGUAUCAGUUUGAGGGAAAGUGGACAGGGCCUUAUGCUCGAUGGGAUGCUGAUAGUUAUCUGAAGAUGACAUUCUCCUUUGCUGCUGCUCAUACAAAGCCAGACAUUGUGAUAUUUUUGGGGGACUUGAUGGAUGAAGGGAGUCAGGCCACAGCUGAUGAAUACAGAGAUACCUAUUACAGAUUUCUUAACAUUUUCUCACACUUUCCAAGUGUCAAGAGAAUCUAUAUUCCAGGAGAUAAUGAUGUGGGAGGAGAAUUCAGAGACUAUCGCACUCCACAGAAAGUGGGCAGAUUUGAAAAACAUUUUGAGCAGGUUGAUGGUAUUGUCCAACAUGCAUUCAUAGAUUUUAUCAAAAUUGACACUCGGAUACAACACACUAUGUACCAUGAGAAGGAACAGCUGUUUAAACAGUACAAGCAGUCACUGAUAUCCCCAGUCCAAGUUAUUCUUAAUCACGAGAGUCUGCUACCCCUGCAAUUCAAAGCUCCAAUCUACCCUCUUUUAGCCAUGGUUAACAGCCAACUCAUCUUUUCAGCUCACUGGCACAAGAUAAAUUCCUCAAUACUGUACAUCAGAGCUAAGUGUCAGGCUUCAAUGAAGAAACAUCACUACCAGGUGUACAUUUGCAUCUCUCGAAAUGGACAGUCAGGGACAAGUAUCCAUCAUGGAUAUUGUCAAUGUCCUGUGGGGCUGGGGCAGAGCUGUAGUCAUAUUGGAAGCUUACUUUUUGCAUUGAGCCAUGCCAAACCCCAGGAAAGCUGCACAAGUAUGCCUUGCAAAUGGGUGGUACCCACAGGAAGGUCUAACAAACCCAACGGUCCACUAGAAACCUUGAACCAAAGGAAGUCAAAAGAGGAUAAGACAGACAGCGACACCAAUGACACAGAGGAUACUUCAUUUGACCCUCGCCAUACCACUCACAGAGACUUUGACUUAAAUGCUACACUCCUUCAGUUGAGAAAUUUGAAGGAAAUUUUUCCAAGUACAGGUAUGAGUCAUUUGUGGAACAUCCCAAAUGAUGUCCCCGUAGCUGAGAGGGAGAUAGAGGUGGAAACAUAUGAAGAUCCAUUAAACACGGCAUCCAAAGCACUGAUCUUGUCAAAGGAGAAUUUGUCAAUCCUAAUUUCAAUUGAUGAAAAUCUGAGCGCCUAUGUAGAGGAAAGGACAAGAGGUCAACGAUCAUGUUCCCUUUGGAGUGAACUCCACAAAGGGAGAAUCACGAGUUCUCUCUUUGGUGUCAUUUUAAGUGCUGGACUUAACCCCAGGAACCUUGUGGACCAAAUUAUUAAUGGGUCCAGUUUGCAAAGAUAUCAAACACUUCCUCGUCCAGUCCAGUGGGGUGUAGACCAUGAGAAAGAAGCAGUGAAAGACUACUUGACUCUGCAGAAUACAGUCUCUGAUGUGACAGUGGAGGCAUCUGGGCUUACCAUUUACCCAUCUCAUGCAUUUUUAGGUGCAAGCAGUGAUGGAUGGGUAAAUGAUAAGUCCAUGUCCAUGGGAAAUCAAAGAGGGGUGUUAGAGAUUAAGUGCCCAUACUCAAUCUCUAAUGAAGUAAUUGUGGAAAAAGAGGUCCAUGAGCUAGCUGGGAAAGGGGGGUUUUGUUUGGAGGAUACCCCAGAAGGACCAAGACUGAAACGAAAUCAUAAAUAUUACGCUCAGAUUCAGGGUGAAAUGGCAAUAAUGGGGUGUCCGUGGGAUGAUUUUGUUGUCUGGACAGCAGCCAAAGACAGCAACUGUUUUAUAGAGAGAAUUUAUUUUGACUCUGAAUUUUGUACACACAUGAUGCCAAAACUUGUAGAAUUUUUUGUUCAUCAUAUUUUGCCUUUUUAUUCUGAAAAUGAAUUAGCUCACCUGAACUGAAGGCUAAAGCAAGCUUUUCUAAUUGAAGGGUGUCCGGUGUCUGUCUGUCUUGUGUAUUCUGUUAACUUUUCACAUUUUUAACUUAAAAAUCUUCUUCUCAAGAACCACUGUGCGAGAAAAGAUAUAACCUUUAUGAAAGCUUCAUUACAGAGACUUAAGUUCGCUCAAAUCAUAACCCCCGGCUUAAUGCAGUACCACAACAGCCUUAAAGCGGAUCAAAGUUAUAUAUACCAUAUGGAUACACAGGGAGUAUAUUUAAUAAUCUCAAGAACAGCAAAUUCAUGAUCAGUCAAAGCAAUAUGGAAACAUCUUUAGUUAGUGUAGAUUCAAGUUUCUUCAUAUAAUGACCCCUGGGGGUAGUUUUAAACCACUUAUAUAUUCAAACUUUUCAAUAUAAAUGUACUAAUUUCUGCUUUUCUCUAUAGAAAGUGCUCAGGUGAGCAACUGGCCUAUGGGCCUGUUUUUAUUUUAAUUUAGAGUUCAUGUCUUUAAAUUUCUUUAUACAGGUUCACAAAAAUCCAGACAAAUGCCCACCCCCCACCCCCUAAAAAAGAAACCAAAACUACUGUCGACAGGGUGUAUUUUAAUUUGAUGAUGGCAAAAAUAAUGCAAUUUUAUAAGAAAUAUAACAUACAUGUUAUACACUUUGUAUGUAAAGUUUCAAGUACAGCAGCACAUGAAUUGUUGUCCAAAAAAAAUUACUUCUGUACCUCUAAAUGAUAAAAACGAAAGAAAAUCAAUAUGGAUUUAGGUUAUAUUCAUUUCUUUAAUGCUUUGGCACAUUGGUUAAAACACUUUGCUCAUCUUAAAGUUUUUUCGUUACAUGAAUUCUAAUUGAUUUAAUAAAUGCAUCAAUGAU